AACAUAUUAUUCACUAAAACAAAUAUAUAUUCCGUACGCCUACUAAUUAUAUAGAAUGAGUUUUCUACACUGGUAAUUAUUCAAGCUUAUGUUCUAAGCUGAUGGAGAGCAAUGAUAUGUCGUUUUGGUCACCAUGUAACAUUGCAGUCGAAACCCAAUAUGGUUCCGGUUUGGAUAAACAAAAAUAGAAGUGCCAUGUAGAAUGUGACAAUGUGAUUUCAGAACAUCUGUCGACCUGUGUUAUGUAGAAUAGGUUCUACAAGGUGUUAGUGUAACUUUACUAACGUUGCUUUCUCUUCAUUUUGUGGAUGAAUGCCAACAUAACCUUGACCGUACGAGAUUUUCAUGUGUCUUCACAUUGAUAAGUUUAUACGAAUAACAACGAAUAUACAGUAAGUCUGGGUGCAGCUUAUAACAAUGGGAACUAACACCGGUACCGUAAUGACUUUAGCGAACAGCAUAAUUGGCGUUGGUGUACUUGCCAUGCCAUUUUGCUUUAAACAGUGUGGUAUCAUCCUUUCUAUCCUGAUGCUACUUCUCAGUAGCUUCUUAUCUAGAUUAGCAUGCCACUUUUUGCUUAAAGCAGCAAUUAUGGCAAGGAGAAGAAAUUUUGAAUUCCUUGCUUUCCACACAUUUGGACCUCCUGGUAAAACAGUUGUAGAGCUCUGCAUCAUUGGAUUUCUUAUGGGUACAUGCAUAGCAUUCUUUGUUGUUGUGGGUGAUUUAGGACCAGCAAUUGUAGCCAAAACACUGGAUAUCAGCAACACUGCAAAUCUAAGAGAAAUUGUAUUAAUAGGUCUGGCACUUUUUGUUGUCUUGCCACUGGGUUUACUGAGAAAUGUGGACAGCUUAAGUUCUGUGUGCAUGGCCACUAUUGGGUUCUAUCUUUGUCUCGUAUUGAAAGUAAUGGCAGAAGCUACGCCACACCUGGUUGCGGGUGAUUGGGUGGAUGAGGUGUCCCUUUGGAGACCUGCAGGCAUGUUGCAGUGCAUUCCUAUUUUCUCCAUGGCACUCUUUUGCCAAACGCAACUGUUUGAAAUUUACGAGAGUCUACCGAAUGCCUCCCUGGACAAGAUGAAUGAGGUGAUACGAGCAGCAGUGAAUCUGUGCACUGCCUUCUACAUAUGUGUUGGCUUCUUUGGUUAUGUAGCCUUCUGCACCCAAAACUUUACUGGAAAUGUACUGAUGAAUUUCACUCCAACUUUAAUCAGUGACAUCAUCAAAAUGGGGUUUGUUCUCUCAGUGGCUGUGAGCUUCCCAUUGGUGAUCUUUCCAUGUCGAGCUAGCCUAUAUUCCCUUCUCUUCAAGAGGGUCCAAAUGCCCCACCAUGAAACCAUGAGCAGCCACAUUCCAGAAACACGAUUCAAGUGUUUAACCAUCAGUAUCAUAUGUGUCUCACUGACAGUUGGACUGCUAAUCCCUAACAUUGAGUUGGUCCUAGGGCUCGUUGGCUCUACUAUCGGUGUGCUCAUUUGCGUUAUGUUCCCAGCCGUUGCCUUCAUAUGCAUAUCAACCAAGAGCACGCAGGAGAGACUGUUAGCCCAGGUUCUUGUCUUUGUUGGAGUUCUUAUCCUUGUACUGGGGACAUACGCAACGCUGUAUGCAGCUAACGAGUCUGGAAACGAAAAUAAGAUUGAAGCUAUCAGUCCUCAGCCUGACCAUUUUGACAAUGUUGCUAGAAUGACAGUGAUACAAGUUAAUAAAGCUGUGGUUGGUGAUAUUGUUGCAGUGAAACCAAAAGAUGGUGCAGCUGAGCCUAAGCAAGAGCCAUUGCUUGGAAAUAAGGACACAGGUGGACAGAAUCCCCAAAUACAGCAAGUACAGCAACUGGACCUUCUCAGGAAACCUGAUGUUCGACAGGAACCCCCAGUGCCCGUGGAACCAGCAGCUGUACCAUCUGCAUCAGGGCCAGAGAAGAAGGAGCCAAAAGAAAUAAUACAGAAGAUUGAGGAAACUGCUCUCCAUGAUUCCGAUAUCAAGAAAGAUGUUGCAGUGGCUGUUCCUGAAGGGAAGAAAAUCCUGCCUGAUCCUGCAGCAGACAAAGGGAAAGGAAACAAUGAACAAGUGGAUCAGGACGCAAUUAAGAAGGAGGAUGAAGAAUUAGCCGAAGCAGAGAAGCAAGCACAAGCUGAUAAUGAACAAAAGAAUGAAGAACUGCUUAGGAAACUUGAGAAGCACAAAGAAGAGCAAAAGAAACUUCUUCAGGAACAAAAACAGAUUCUUCAAGAGCUCAAGAAACACAAGAAAGAUAUGGAACAGGCUGUCGCAAAGCAGAAAAACGAUAAGGUUCCUGAGGGUGUCCCAGAUAAAAUACAAAAUGAUGCUGGACUGAAACCAGAGGGUAAAGACAAUGAGAAGAAUCACUUACAUGAUAAGAAACAGUCUGUACUUAAUAAUGCUGGACCUCAAAGUGGAGUUCCUCUAGCCCAGAGCUUACAAAAUAAAAGUAAUGUAGUGAAUGAGAUUCAGAAAUCACGGAAUGAAAUAGCACAACCACAAAAGAAUGUUGAAAAGAAAGAUGCUGAGCCUCAGCCUAUGAAGUCUGAACCCUCAAAGAAGGCCACAGCAGGACCAAGUUACGCCAAUGAAAUUCAGCAAGGACCACCGAAUUUGAUGCUGCAAGAAAUGCCAAAGGCCGCAUCCCUGAAUGCAAGCAGUUCAGAAUUGAAUGGGUCAGCACGCCAACAAGCACAAGGUUUGAAAUCCCAGGAUCAGAAGCUUGUGGGUGUGGUACAACAGCAGGAUGGACCAGCUCCAGCUCCAAAACAGUUGCUGUUACCUCUUCCCUUAGCUGUUCAUAAUGGUGCAUCAAAAGUCUACAAGCACAAUGAGGCCAUUGUUCAAGGGAAUAAGGCAGACACAGCUGUUGAUUCUGAAAAAGUGGCAAACCAGCAGAAUGGUGCAGAUGUUGAUGAGGCAAAGGUCAUGAGGAGGGACAUAUUAGCAAAUUAUGAAAAUGGUUAUAAAUCAAAUACUAAUCAAGAUGGUGGAAUAGUAAAUUCUGAGUUGGACACAGCGAUAAAAAAUAAAAAUACCCUGUCAAACAGUGUCAGUAAAGAUACAAUUUAUGGUGGUAAGAAUGAGAGCCAUCAGCGACUUAAGCGAGAUGCUCUGAUGGAAGAAUCUGGGAUGAAUACGUUUCUGGCUGCCAGUAUAAUGAAUAAAGAGAAAAAUGAGCAGGAUAUACAGGGUGAUGCAUCAGAGAACUGUGCAGUGGGUGAAAAAUUUAAUAAAAUUAGUGAAGCAGAAACAUUGAACAUGGCCAUGCUCUCCAAGGAGAAACAUAAUAUCGCAGAUGAUCAGAAAGAUAAGGAACCUCCAUCCAUAUCAGAUAAAUAUCUCACGUCUCCACAGAUCCUAGCUGUAGGAACUGUUCCAUAUCCGGAGAGAAGAGCAGAAAUUAUAGACUCGGUGUCUGAUUCUAAGGCUAAUGCCUCAUUUACAGAUACAAAUAAUUCAGGGAACCAGAAACAGGAAGGGUUUGUUUCAGGCGAAAGUAAGACACCAGCAGUUCCUGAUGUAGCUGAUGUAAGCACUUCAAAUUCUAUCAUCAAAACUCCUUCACAUCUCUCAGAACCAAAACUGAAUGAUAACAUGCAACUGCUGAAUGAAGCAGCAAUAAGCGCAAAAGACAUAUCAGUUGUUGCUAAGCCAAUGACGAGAGAUCUCAAAUCAGUUUCAGCGGUUCAGCAAGUUCACGAAAAUAAUGAACGCAAUGAAACAAAAGACACCUGAAUGACUUUAAACUAUUUAGUACUUGUUCAGUUGAGAUGUCCUGGGGUUUGUAGAUAAAUAUGUCCCUUCAUACAGUUCUUUUAGUUACUGUUUUUUUGUGUGUAUGUUUCCUGUUGAGUUCAUAUGAAGAAAUAUAUGUUAUUGCUCUGACUGCUACAACUGAUAAUAGGUAAUUUAUUGGUAUUGAUAGUGAGGCCUGAUAGUGUUGGAUUUGAUGUUCUGACAACAGUGACUAAAAGAAUGAGGUUUCAUGUGUUAUAACACUGUGUAUUUGAGAGAGCGCCUGACAUUCUGUAGGAACAUAUCACUGUCAUCAUCCGGGUGGAACAGUAAGCAAGCAUAAAACCAGCAGACACAGUUGGCAAGCUUGACUCUAACACGUCCGACACUCUCUGAACUACAGAGCAUUACGGCUCACAAGACGUGAUAGUUCCUGGUUCAUUUCCUCCACUCUCCUUCUAUGCCUUCAUGUGGUUAUACACAUGUUAAAUGUGGAUCCCCUAUCAAAUACUUGGUCAGUAUGUGAUUAUCAGAUGUAUAAAAUUAGACACAGAAAUGUAAAGACUUGGUAUUUGAAAGUAAAUUCCAGCUUUGUUUUUCUUCUUCUCCACAUAUCAACUGGUGCAUUUAUUCAAGACUGAGUAAUGUAUUUUGAGUACUGACUUCAUUGUUUGUAAUCUUCUACGGCAGUUAUUCUCAACUCUUUUAAAUAUAAUGCCUUCCUUUCAGUUAACACAAGACCUCAGUCCUCGUUGAAAGAGUAGUAAUAAUUUUAUUUGAAAAUUAAAAAUGUGAAUAGUCUAAUUCAAAUUUAUAUUUGUGAACCUCAUCUUACAUCAGUAAGGAAUAUUUUUGUUUUAAAAAAUCUUCAUAAAUGUAAAUAAUUUGUACUUUAAAAAUUAAUGAAACAGAUUGAAGGAUAUAUGAUUACAUUUGAGUUUGCCCCGAACAUAAUCAGUGUGACCACUGAUGUUGCAUUCUCAGCUGUGUGGGAGAAAGAGCGCAACAUGAGUCCCCUACUGGGAAUGUAUAUUGCUGUGUACAUUGCAUGCUAUUGCCUCAUAAAACUCAGUGAUAUCCAGAGGUCAACAGUCACAGUUUUGUGCACACUUAGAGUGAAAAUGUCAUUUAGAUAAUGGGCUCUUGUGCCCCCCACCCCUUGGAUCCUUAUAUGUCUCACCAGUUGAGAACCUAUGGUCUAGAGUUAUGUUUUUAUAAUUUUUUUAGAUUUACAUUCUAUGACUUAAUAACAUUAUAUAUUUAUAAUUAUUUAUAAGUUUCCAGAAAUGUUAGUGCAAUAUACUGUCAAUUAUCUGGCUGCAGAUGAUCCUCUUUUCAGCUUAUCUGUGAUUUUUGAGCACCUUUGAAACCCUCUAGAGCACUUCUGCCCACCUGUCUGUAUGUGUGACAGCCCAAAAACUGUUUAACUUAUUUCAAUGAAGUUGGAUAUUGGAGAGUCAUUUGAAGAACUGUUGAACAUUUUCAAGUCUAAUUUAAAUCGGACAAUUUUAACAUCCACAUUACAUGAAGACUUACAUGCCUCUCUGCACAUGUUUCAAGGAAAUGUUAUAGAGAAAAAAAUACUUUUAAUGUUCAGUACAGUUUUCAAGGCAAUUAAACAAAUGAGAUGCCAUGUGCACAGAUCUGAAUUUCUGUAUUCAGCAACACCAUGGUCUUCUGAUCACUUCCAAACUUGGAUUUUGGUUAUUUGUAUGUCCCAGCGAAGGGAACAGAUUAUCCAAGGGUUCUGUUUAGAAAAUUAAUGGAUAUGUCCAAUGUCAAAAGAUAAAACUUCAUGUGAAAUUUCUUUUUAAAAAGGAACAAAUACAAAAUGGAGGGAGUUUUUUUUUUCGCGUUUUGAGUAUGCCCUUUGAAAGUUCAGAAGGCAUUCUUUGUUUUUUUUUUUUCUCUUUUUUUUUCCUUUUUAAUCUGUAAAAACAACAGGGGCUUCUCAGAAACCACACUCAUGUUUCUAACAAUAGCAUUCAAGUAAUAUACACUUCUAAAUGGGUUUUAUAAAUCCCAAUUCACAAGUUAGUUACUGAUUAUCUAGGGUUCAGACUCUCUGGGGAAAUUAACUUCCCCUCCACCUUUGGUAAUCUGGAGUGCGCUGCAUAAGAGGAUUCCCAAUACUCGUAUUGCUUAAGUAAAGGAACCACAUCUUACAGUCGUGUAUACAAUAUAUUUAUUUUACUUCAGAGCUGCUCUAUUUUUUCUCUUUUUCGAUAUAUCUUCAUUAUAAUGAAAUUCAGAUUCAUAAAAACAUUUUUUUAGAAACAAGGUACUCAGCACACUUGGGGAACUAAUACCGUUCAUGAUGAUACCUCACGUCUGUACCUUGUUAUUUGUCCUGAGGUACUGAAUCAGAUUUAUUUUAUGGUUAUAUUCACCAUUUCAAGUAUGUUUCUCUUUUGCAAUUAUUGUUAAUCGCUAUUGAUAUUUGUACAUAAAAUGGUAAGAUGUAUAUAUCUGAGGAAAUAUUAUUCAUAAGUCAAUUUAAUAAAACCAUCUGAUAACAGUUG